CUGAUCUGCUCUGCCUGGGAGCCUCUUGGGGAAAGUGGUUAUUUUAUUCACGUUACGUAGUCCUAGACUUUAUUUAACCCGUGUUUUAUACCGCCCUCUAUGGCCGGCCCCCUAUACAAAGCAGGCUCCCCCAUCCCCGGACUUCCUCGCCUCGUUUUGUCUUCACUUCUAUGAUACACGGGUGACUGUCACUCACUCUUAGAGAGGUUAGGUGGUAAUACCAUACCUUGACUCAACUUAUAUCUUCGUUUGUUACAGGGUCGACCCUUGUUGUCUAAGACACUCAGGGCAAGCAGGCAAGCAGGCAAGCAAGCAAGGCUGUUAGCAGUGGCGUCGCCCCCAAACAUCAAACUACAGCGCUUCUGCUUCCAGACAUAAAAGGAAGCUUGCAUCCCACCCAGCAUGAACCAGCGCCCAGAACUACGACGGAACGGGUCCUUCGACUCGGACACGUCCUCGUUCUACUCGGUCCGCUCGGGAGACUCGGCCUACUCCGUCUGGUCGUCUUCAGAGUCCGACUCCUUCGUCUGGAGGGACGACCCUGAAGGGUUCUACGGGGUCGGCGGUGCCGUUACGCGGUACGUCGACGAUCGCGAUGACCAGCGCAGACGGUUCGCGGCGCACAUUUUGAGCGGACCGUUUGCCCAGUUCUACAAGAAGAAGCGACAUGCGAGCUCUCACGCCCGACCAGGCCGCAGCGCGCACAGCUCGCGCUCCAGCUCGCGCUCUAGCACAAACAGUGUUAGUCCGGGAAGAGGCCACCACCAUCACGACCCCCGUUUCCACUCGCGGCCUCCUAGCGCCGGGCCUCAGUACCCUCAGGAGCAAUUUCGCGAGGAACAAUUUCACGAGGAGCAGUUCCAAGAAGAACAGUUCCACGAGGCACCCUUCCACCAGCCGCCUUUCCAUCCAGGCUUCCACGGAGGACCACCCCCUCCCCCGCCGCCACCACCACCACCCGCUGCACCCGCCGGAUUCGAAGGCGGCUUCAUCCAGCUCGGCGGUCCCAGCGGUCCUCCACCGCCACCUCCAGACCCAGUCUGGGGCCACGACGCAGGCUACGGGCCCGGGGUACAUGUUUACGAUUAAUGACUAUGACUAUGACGACCAAGUGUUGUGACGUGGAACGC